CACAACUUCAAGUCUCAAUAAACAAGAUGGCAGAUGGAAACCAACCCUCAUUGAUGGUCCGCAAGUUCAUUGCCGCAUCCAAAAACCCGCCGAAGCUUACAGAGAAGCGGCGUGCCUUUCGGAAACAAUUCUACUUCUUCUACGGCACUUUGAUGGACCCGGCAACCCUCGCUCGUGUCCUUCAACGAGACCGCGCACCAGACGUUCGCCCGGCUACGACCGUGGGUCCGCGAUUGAAGCUAUGGGGGGAAUAUCCUGCCCGUCCGAAAGGAUCUGGCAACGAGGUCAUUCGCGGGGUGGCCUGUAUGAUCGAGUCGCAGGAGGAGGCAGAUCGCCUGGCAGCUUAUGAGACAGAAAUGUAUGCAGUCAAGGGGUGUCCGAUUUAUUUUGAUGAUGGCGAGGAUUCCGGGGGUCUGACCUUUUACUGGGUUGGAGAUGAGUCGCUGCUGAGGGAGGGGACAUUUGAUCUAAAAGACUGGCUCCUGAGGGGUUGAGAUAUACUAGCUGUCUAUGAAGCGACAAGUGGAAAUAAUAGAGGAUAUUGGAAAAUGCAAAUCCAGAGGAUAUCAGAAAAUGAAAUCCAGAGGAUAUCAGAAAAUCUUCUGGCUCACUUGAUAAGGCUCAACUCUGCGUCCAUUGCAGUAGCUCUCUGAUGGAAGCUUGCACCCUUUGACAGUAGCAGGAUGCACAAGAAGGAGAUUCAAUCGGGCUGUGUUGGGUUAGGGUUAGGGUUUAAACCGAGGAAAGACUUAUUUCAGGUAUGAAGAAACAUACUUGUACCAAGGGAUUGUGAGAUUAUAUCAGGCCUCUGCUAGUAAAUUGACAAACA